AUGUCUUUCGCCACGGCCUCUGUCUUGACUGUCACCAAGUCUUCAUCGGAGAACAUAUCCGUCACCCCUUUCGAAAAUCCGUCUUUAGUCUUUCUUCCUGGCCUGUUUAAUCUCCGCAGAACAUACGCGUGGGUCGAACUUAUGACAGCCCAAAGCUACCCUCACCUGGACGUCCCAUCGACGCGGACAAGCAGACCUUCUAACCUCAAGUCAACAUCCAGCGCAUCUCCAGUGAACUGCAACAUGCAACAAUCGAACCUGAGCCAAUUGUCCUUCCCUGGACGAGAACCCGAGUCUCCAGCAACACUGACCAACCUUACCAUCACCAACUCCAUCAAAAGCGACGUGUCUCUCGUCAAGGACCCCGAGUUCUGGCGCCGUUUCUCCGUUGCCAUUCAUCAAGACGAGGAACAAGCCCGACAACCAGAGCGCAAAAAGACCGAAAGUGAAUCGUGGCUCGCGCGUCAACGCAAAAAAAACCACCGUUCGAAGGUCUGGGGCUUCUUGAUCGCUCUCAUAAUCGUGUUGAUUGCCUGUGGAGCUGGUAUUGCUAUUUGGCUUCUGAGCAAAAACAAUUGGCUCAGAAAGGAGACACCACAUGCAGACCACACUCAAUCUUGA